UACCUAUAUUUUGAACCUGUUAUUUUAUGUCGUAUCUUGCGACUUUAUUAUCAUCUAAUCUUUGCUAGAAUACUUCUUUAUACAUUUUUCUUUAAUGCAAAGUACUACUUAUCUUGAAAACUUAUGAUUUUUUACAAAUAUUUUUAAACGGCAAAUAAAUGGACUACAAUUGAUUUCGGAGGUUAUGAAUUUUCUAGAUAUCUAACCUCAAAUUAAUAAUAACAAAUGAAUUUCUUUUUAACUAAAAAACUUGUGUCCGUUACUUUUUUUUGUGCAAAUCAAAAUAGUAACGUGCUAGUGAAAACACAAAUGGAUUAAGUAUAUAUUGAAAAUUUUAAUAAAAUAUAACACUUACAACAUUCAUUGGUAGAAAUAAGCUAUUCAACAAAAACAAAUAUGAUUGAAAUCACAUGCAAUGACAGACUCGGAAAAAAAGUAAGAGUGAAAUGUAACCCAGAUGACACAGUUGGUGAUCUUAAAAAAUUAAUAGCAGCUCAAACUGGAACACAUUGGGAGAAAAUAGUUCUGAAAAAGUGGUACCAAAUUUUCAAGGAUCACAUAAAAUUACAGGACUAUGAGAUUCAUGAUGGUAUGAAUUUAGAAUUGUAUUACCAAUAAGCUACAGCAAGAUAGUUAAAAUUUAAUUUAAGAUUGCAUUAAAGCAUAAUGUAUAUUUUGUAAUGUUUCUUUAUAAUCCACAAAGUUUUGCAAAUACAACAUUUGAAAAAAUUAGUACUAAAUUAAUCAUGUAAGAAAAAUAUACUGUUUUUACACUUAUCCUACUGCUUAUAUCUAAAAAUAAUCAUUGUUAAAUGCUUUUCUUAUAUAAAUUUGUUAAAUUAUCACUCAGCUAAAUCACAUAUUUCUGCGUAACUUUUCUUUUGUUAUUUUAUGACAUUUUGUAUUUAAAAUUUACAACAUUGACAACAUUGAGUAAAUAAAUUUUAUAAUAAAACUA